AUGGUGACUCGAAAAGGAAGGCAUAAUUGGAUGGAAGAGAGAAGAGGAUCUCUAAUGAUUGUGGCCACAGUUCUUGCAACAAUGAGUUUCCAAAUUGCCAUAAACCCUCCAGGGGGUGUCUGGCAAUCUACCUCACAUGAAGAAGAAGGUUGUAAACAUAAUACAACAUGUCACGCAGCUUCUCUCAGCACAAUCAUAUUACUCAUCUGUGUAGCUUCCCUUCGAAACAAGCUUAUCAUGUGGUUCCUCACCAUUCUCAUGUUCAUCUCACUAGUUUGCACAGCAGGAGCCUACGCGAUUUGCAUUUGGAUGAUUCUGUAUCCUCUCGGUGAAGCAGUUCAACUUGCCACCUCAAUUUAUGCAAGGUUUUGGGGAGGGUUUACUGUUUUGCUGUGUGUGGGGUUCUUCUGUCGCCUUGCGUUUUUGUUUCUGAAGAAGUGUUUCCGCUAG